GGAGCUCCGCGCUCCACCCCCUCCUCCCACCCCCGCCGCUACCCGCGCUGAGCGCCUCCUGAGCGGCCUGAGAGAGACUCCGCGCCGCUGCGCCUUCAUGGAGCUCCAGCCCCGACUGCGCCUCAGGACCGCUGUAAGAUGAGCGGGUGUCUCCAGAUCCUCACCGUGCUGCUCUGCUGCCGCUUCUGGGCGCUCGUGUUCUCUCAGGAUCAGUCCUGCUGUGUCCAUCAUGCUGCAGACAUCCCUCGGUGCAGAGACGCAUGUGAACAGCUGGCCAGUAUCAGGAGUGAGUCUCGGCUCCGGCAUCUCCUCCACCGGCUGCCCAGUUACUGCCCGGAGACUCUGAGUGAACUCUGGAUCUGCAUCAACAACUCACUACCAGGAGCGUCGCGUAAGUCAGAUGGUUGGGUGGGUCUGGGCUGCUGUGAGCUGGCCAUCUCUGCUGAGUGUCGACGCGACUGUAAACAGGCCUCAUCUAAAAAUGACAUCUCUAAGGUGUGCAAGAAGGACACAGAGAAUCCGCUCUACAGCUGCAUCACCAAGAAUGAGAUGGGCUCGGUGUGCUGCAGUUACGCAGGCAGACACACCACCUGUCGUGAGUACUGUCAGGCCAUCUUCCGCACAGACUCGUCUCCCACCGUCUCUCAGAUCAGCGCGGUGAAGGAGUACUGCCAGAGCGUCAGCCCCCCGCUCAUCCUGUGUGUGGAGAACUACACCAGACUACACCCCACACACAGACCCAUCGACAGUCUGCACUGCUGUGACCGGGCUGAGGAGGCUCACUGUCAGCUGGCCUGUAAGCGUAUCCUGCGCACCCUCAGCACAGAGCAGGAGAUCAUGGACGGUCUGAUCAGCGAGUGUGGCAGUCAGCCGCUGCCCCAGGACCCGCUCUGGCAGUGUUUUCUGGGCAGCGCUCAUCCGCCCGCCAACACCGACCCCGAAUCUCCACCCAUCGCCAAGAUGGACAGCGCCAAACUGCACUGCUGCUUCAAGGCCAACACCAGCAUCUGCAGGAACAUGUGUGUGGAGAUCAGCACCAGCUGGGGCACGCAGAGCUGGCAGGAGUUUGACCAGCACUGUGAAUAUAACCCAGUGGAGAUGGACCUGAUCACCUGCCUGGCGGACGUCAGAGAGCCCUGCCAACUGGGCUGCAAAGAGCUCAGCUACUGCACCAACUUCAACAACAGGCCGACGGAGCUGUUCCGCAGCUGUAAUGUUCAGUCUGAUCAGGGUGCGCUGAAUGACUUUAAGCUGUGGUCCAAUGGAAGCAUCCGGAUGCCGCUGAUGAACAUCCCGGUGCUGGACAUCAGACGCUGCCGGCCCGAGAUGUGGAAGACUGUAGCCUGCGCUCUGCAGAUCAAACCCUGCUACAGCCGAUCCAGAGGCAGCGUCAUCUGCAGGUCAGACUGUGUGGAGAUCCUCCGUCAGUGUGGGGACCGGCGGCGUUUUGCUGAGGCUCAGACCCCAGAGCGCAUCUGUGACCUUUUGUCUCCCACUGAUGACCCGGAGCGCUGCAUCCCUCUGAACAGAUACCUGACUGCCAGUGAGUUGGAGAGCAGUGUGGAGGAGGUCAUCCACCCCUGCAACCCCAACCCCUGUCCCAGCAGCCACCUGUGUCACGUCAACCGCAAGGGCUGCCAUGUAGGACACGACUGCCUGCCGUACUACUGUGUGCCUGGCUGUAAGCUGGGCGAGGCCUCAGAGUUCCUGGUGCCCGCUGAUGCCCGUCUGCAGGUGCCCGUGCACAGUGCUCAGCCGGGCUGCUAUGAGGUCUGCGUCUGCGGUCAGAGCGGCCGGCUGGAGAACUGCGCUGAGAUGCCCUGCUUCGACACCAGCAAGAGCUGCCAGAUCGCAGGACAGCGCAGGAGUCACGGCUCAUCCUUCCGUGUGGACUGUAAUCCGUGUUCCUGCUUUGCGGGUGACGCUGUGUGUUCAUCUCGUCAGUGUGUGCGCUCCGACAGCUCAGAGGAGGACCGGCGGCUCUUCACCGGUCUACCAUGUGGUUGUGCGGAUCACUUCGUGCCGGUGUGUGCAGGUAACGGGCGCACGUACCCCAGCGCGUGUGUGGCCCGCUGUGUGGGAUUCACAGACUCACAGUUUGUGUUCGGGUCCUGCAGAAGCUUCGACCCAUGCUCACCAAACCCCUGCCAGAGGAACCAGAGGUGUGUCCCCAGGCGUCAGGUGUGUUUGACGGAUCUGUCCGAAUUCCCGUGUCCUCAGUACGAGUGUGUGUCGCGUCCGUCCAGCUGUGAUCAGAAGCUGCUGGAUCCUGUGUGUGACACCGACAACAUGGAGCACGCGAACCUGUGUGUGCUGAACCUGCGCGGGAAAACACUGGCGUACAGCGGACACUGCCAGGACGCGUGCCGCCGCCCCCGUGAGGUGUGUGCUCAUAACGGCGAGUCGUACUCUACAGUGUGUGAGGCGUUCUCGGAGCGUGUGGCGGUGGAUUAUCAGGGCCGCUGUCAUGCAGUCGGGCUGGAGUCUGAGUUCGGUUCUGACUCCGGCUGUAACGCUGUUCCCUGUCCACCACUGGCCAGCGACGCCUGCCAACCCGUCACACCACCAGGCGCCUGCUGUCCGGUGUGUGCAGGAAUGCUGCGGAUCCUCUGGAAUAAAGCACAAAUGAACAUCUUCGCCAAGCUGAACCGGGAUCAGCCAGUGUCGCUCCAUGACAUCCUGAAGAUCCUGCGUCUGCACGUUUCUGUUCCUCAGUGCGACAUCUUCGGUUAUUUGAGCAUCAACUCGGAGAUCAUCAUCCUCAUCGCUCCUGUAGACCAGCAGCCUACACCACUGCAGAUUGAAGCCUGCAGUAAGGAAGCAGAGAAGAUCGACUCCCUCAUUAACUCGGGCAGCCCGACGCUGGUGUCUCACGUCCCUCUGUCUGCGUUCCUGAGCUCGGAGCUGCAGCUGUCCAGUGUUCGCUCCUCCAGCUGCGUCUCCAUCAGUGUGUGUGUGCUGCUGCUGCUCUGCUCGCUCAUCCUGACCCUGACCUCUGACCUCUGACCUGGACAAUCAGACUGCGGCUGUAUCCCAAAUCGCCCCUAUAUCCUUAACAGUGCAUGCAGAUUCAAGUGUGCAUGAGCCGGUGUGAGAUUGUGACGGUGUCCUGAUCACUGCUGUAAUAUCUGCUCUGGGUAAACAACAUCUCUCCCCUACUGGACAGUAAGCAGUCAUCAUAUCUUAGAGCAGUAAACAUGUUACAGGCUAAAUAAUUCAAAUACAUCAUGCAGUGCACUCAAUCAAUCCCACAAUGCACUGCAAUAAUGAGGGUACAACACAUGCACACUCAACAGCUGGACAACACCCAUGAUGCACUGCUAGAGUUCUGGCAUCAGGCCACUAGAUGGCGACUGAAGCUCACUCCUAUCAGUGUUAUUUCAAAAUAAAAUAUGAUUUAAUGUCUCGUUACUAAUAAACAGUGUUAAAUAACUAUCACAGGGUCUGAGCGAGACCAAACCGCAUCUCUUAAGUGCACUCAGUUCUUCAAGUGGACUAUAUGACUGUAGGGGGCGAGGGUAUAGGGUGUGAUUUGGGACGCAGGACUCCUCAGAGAUGCAUGUCGAUGCUGCUGUUGGACGUCUCGCUCGUACUCGAGCACAUAUCAGCUUUCUACCUUUGUAAAAACUGCCUCUUUUCCCUUUUAAGUAUAUAAUAUUAUAUUGUUUGAAUUAUUUUAUUGUUCCUUUAAUGCUAAUUAAUUAAAAAUGGAGGAAGCAGCCAUGUAAACGAUAAUGACAAUCGCAUUGCUUAUCCGUAAAGUGAUAAACAAACACAAUAUGCCUUGCUUAUGAAGUUAAAUAUAUAUAAGUGUGUGUGUGUGUGUGUGUGUGUGUAGAUGUUUUCUAAAUGAAGUAUUGCAAAAACAGGACUUUAAUGUUGAUAAGAGAAGCAGAUGUUCUAUUUUCUGAUGAUAUCAUGGUUUUUAACGCUGAUUCCUGCAUGAUUGACCGUUCUGAAGUGUUUUAUUGUGUGUCUGUGAGAUGAAGUGUUGUGUAUUUGCCUGUAGCACACUAUGAAGGGCCCUUAUUUUGACAGUAUUAUUGGCUCAGGCAGCUGUGUAGGCUGGUGUGUGUGUGUGUGUGUGUGUGUGUGUGCGUGCGUGUGUGCGUGUGCGUGUGUGCACCCAUGUAUAUUUUUAUAUGAUGAUGAUGAUAAUAAUAAUAAGUGUGAUAAUAUUGCUGAAGGACUUCAUCAGGAAAACAUCUAUAUUGAAAUUGACCAAAAUAUUAAAUACAUUUGUAAUAAUAAUAAUAUUAAUGUACCAAAAAUAUUUCCAGAAAUGUACCCCAGAAAUAUUUCUACUUCAAAUAAAUGAUAUUCUUUUGA